UCGCGAAGCUGAUUGGCUGAUCAUGGCCGUGUACCUGCCGGGGUUUUCCGGAAUGUGGGGAGAGGCUCGGGGGGGAUCGCCAUGGCCUGGUUGACCCAGCACUUGCGCGAACUGCAGGGACCUCUGCUCCCACCGAAGGACUUGGUGGAGGAGGACGAUGACUAUCAGGAGGAAGCGGAGGAGACUGAAGAUCUGGUGUUUGUCGACGCCGAGGAGCUGUGCAGUGGGGGCGUAAAGGCUGGCGCCCUCCCCGGACUCCUCCGCGUUGUAAUUCCUGAUGAAAACACUCAAGAGCAAUGUCAAGUGUUUGGACGUUUUCCAGUAACGGGUCCUUGGUGGCGAGUGAAAGUACAGGUGAAACCUUUGGGACUGAGGAGCUAUCAAGUUCAAGGAUUUCCAUCUUACUUUUUACAGUCUGAUAUGUCACCACCCAAUCAAAAAAAUAUCUGUUCCCUGUUUCUUAAAGACUGUAAUGUCUCCAGUGAUCAUAUAAAUAAAUUUUUAGCAUGGGUAAAUGCUGUAUCAAGUUAUAAAAACCUCAACUUUGAAAAUCUUAGGGAAACAUUAAGAACUUUCCAAAAGGAAAUUGAAAGGAAUCGUCAAAAACAGUCAAAACAGAAUGUACGGGAAGAGUCUCUACCAGAAAAUGAGAUGUGCCUUCCUCUGGAAAACACAAUUCCAUUUAUAAGUGUAAUGACAGCUUUGCAGUUUCCAAAAAUAAUGGAAUUCCUUCCAGUUCUUCUGCCUCGACACUUUAAACGGCUCAUAAGUUCAGGUUCUAAGGAGGUGUUGGGAGCCAUAGAAGAGAUGUUAAGUACACAUCCGUGGAAACUUGGAUUUGGUAAAAUAACCUACACAGAACUGAAGCUUUUGCAGUGUGAGGCAAGUUGGACAUCAUUUUGUCAGUGCAAGUCUCUCCUCCAGUUGAUGACUGCUUUGGAGCAGAAUGCAUUAAUAAUAUAUUCUAAACUGAAACAUAUAUGUAGAGACCAAGGGCACACGUGUGUUGAAGAAGCUGACUUCACUUCUCAGUUGUCAGACCAUAUGUCUUUCCAUGAUGCUUGGCAGUCUCUGAGGUUUUUGAAGGAUAUUGGUGUGGUGACCUACCAGAAGGGCUGCAUCUUUCUUUAUGACCUUUACCAGGCUGAGAAAGACAUUGCCUCUUCGAUAUGUGACCUGAUGACAAGGCCCCCAUGGCAUUUACAUGUCGACGUCAAAAGGGUGCUUGCGUCUAUUCACACCGCACAACCGGAGAACUCACGAAGCGAUGAUGCACUGGACGAAAGUCAGCCUGAUGAGAGCAAUUUAGAAACUUCUGUGGACAUUCUGGAGAGCCAGGACAGUGGUGACCAUAUUUGGAACAAUGGUGAACAUGAGGUUAACGCAGAAAUCAGUGACUCUCUGCUGGAUCAGGAUCAGGUGGCUGCUUUGGAAAUGAUUUGUUCCAAUGCUGUGACAGUCAUAAGUGGGAAAGGCGGUUGUGGGAAGACCACGAUUGUUAGCCGUCUUUUUAAGCAUAUGGAGCAGUUGGAAGAAAAAGAAGUAAAAAAAGCUUGUGAAGAUUUUGAACAAGACCGGGAUGUACCAGACGAAUGGAUUACCUUUACCGAGCAAAGUCUACUGAAGGCCGACAAGGCUAUAGACGUGUUAUUAACAGCACCAACAGGAAAAGCAGCUGGCUUAUUGCAACAGAAGACUGGUUUUAACGCUUAUACACUGUGUCAGGUCAAUUAUAGUUUCUAUUACUGGAAGAAAAAAAACCCAGCCAAGAACAGCCCAUGGAAGUUUUCCUCUGUUAGAGUUCUGGUUGUAGAUGAAGGGAGUUUGGUAUCUGUCAAGAUCUUCAAGUCAGUUUUAAAUUUAUUGUGCGAGCACUCCAAACUUUCUAAGCUUAUUAUCCUUGGUGAUAUUAGACAGUUACCCAGCAUUGAACCUGGUAAUUUGCUGAGAGAUCUUUUUGAGACUCUUAAGUCAAGAAAUUGUGCUAUUGAACUAAAGACAAACCACAGAGCAGAAUCUGAGCUAAUUGUGAACAAUGCUACGAGAAUCUCAAGACGCCAGUUUCCAAUAUUUGAUGCAGAGCUGAAUAUCUCUGAUAAUCCAACAUUCCCUGUCUCAAUACGAGAUAAAACAUUUAUUUUUAUCCGACUCCCAGAAGAGGAUGCCAGUUCUCAGUUCCCAAAAAGUGAUCAUCGCUCUUAUUUAUAUUCUGCAGUUGGAACCUUGCUCAAAGAAAAUGACCUACAGGAUGCACAAAUGUCACAAUUCAUUGCAUUUAGAAGGCAAGACUGUGACUUAAUCAACGCCUGCUGUUGUAAGCACUACACGGGCCGCCUGAUCAAAGACCAUCGGAAUAGACUUCAGUUUGGAGUUGGUGAUAAAAUUUGUUGUACCAGGAAUGUGUAUCUCUCGGAGCUACUCCCUCAAGAUACCUCUCCCAGUCAGGAGAGUAAUGAACAAGAGGCCAGUGGUGAAGACUUUAAUGGUACUCUUCGUGGUUUUGCUAAAAAUAAGCAAGACUUUGAAAGUGGUAUUCGACUCUGCAAUGGAGAAAUAUUUUUUAUAACAAAGGAUGUAACUGAUGUAACUUUUGGAAAGAGAAGAUCUUUGACCAUUAAUAAUAUGGCUGGCUUGGAAAUAACUGUGGACUUUGAAAAACUGAUGAAAUAUUGUCAUAUAAAACAUGCCUGGGCAAGAACUAUUCACACUUUUCAGGGGUCUGAGGAGCAGACGGUUGUGUACGUGGUUGGGAAGGCGGGCCGACAGCACUGGCAGCACGUUUAUACGGCAGUGACCAGGGGCCGUGGCAGAGUGUAUGUCAUCGCAGAAGAGUCUCACCUCCGGAGUGCAAUUAUGAAAAGCAGUGCCCCUAGAAAAACCCGUUUGAAACAUUUUUUGCAAAACAAGCUCUCCAAGAGCUGUGUGUCUCUGGCGGAUUCCGCAUCCCCAUCGGAGAGCUCUGGAGACAGCAGCAGGCCCGGCACACAGCCGUCAACACCGUCACACCUUGCAGUCACAGCCAGCACCGUGACACCCAGAAGCAAGGCCUCCGCAGCUGAUGACAGGGCGUUCCCCUUGGCCGGAGCGUGGAAAUUCUCUUCACCCGAUGAGGUGGAUACAGAUGAAGAUCCAUCAAAACCCCGUGGGUCCAAAAGAGCCUGUGGCAUGAGUGAUGCUGAAAGUCCAAGCAAAGUCCUGAUGGUGGAAGAAUCAUCUCCGCAAGUGUCUUUGAAACUUCGGAAUUUGAGACUGAAUAGUUUAACCCCCCGGCAACUUUUCAUACCCACAAGUAAUCAAGAAACUUAAUUUGAUUUCAGAUUGCGCAAAGUAACUUCUCUCUCUCUCUCUCUUUUUUCUGUUUAACACAAAUGAACAUCGUAGCUUGAAAAUAUUAAGAUACAAAACAGGAUAUGUGUAACUGGGGUUUUAUUUUAAGGUGUUUGUGUUAGCAGAUAUUUUAAAUCCGUUUGAUCAUAGAAAACCAUAAUGAGUUCAACAUCUGUCAUCAUGAGAACUGAUAGCACUGGACAUAAACG